CACGUUUCUUCUUCUAGACUCCUAUUUAACCAUCUUCUUUCUCUUUAGCCCCCCUUCAUACACCCUUUCUUCAACAUCUCUCUACUUUCUCUUACAUCAAAACAACCAUUUUUCUUCAUAAAGCUAAGAUUUUUCUUGAAAAUAGAAAAUAAUGGUGCACCAUCAUAGACAUUACAAUCAUCAAAUGAAGAAAGGAGAAAACUUGGUUAAAAAUUACAUCAUAUUUGCUGAUGAAGAAUCACAAAUUGGUUCACUUACUAUAAAUGGAAACUUUUUUAAGAGAGCAAUUAGACCAAAGCUUCUAUCUUUCCUCUUUCUAUCUCUUCUUUCAUGCACCCUUAUAUGGACUCCUCAGCUUUUUGGUUUUCCUCCCACUUUUUCUUUCCUCUAUUCAUUAGGAGUUGAGGAGAUGGGUUCUGACAUGGGUGCAAAGCUUCCUCUUUGUUCUUCUGUUUCUAAUGGAACUAUAUGCUGUGAUAGAAGCAGUAUUAGGACUGAUAUCUGUUACAUGAAGGGUGACAUUAGAACACACUCAAUUUCUUCUUCAAUUUUCCUUUACACUCAAAAUGGGAAUGAAAAGGCCGAAAAAAACGAGUACCAACACGAAAUGAUUAGACCUUACACCCGAAAAUGGGAGACUAGUGUAAUGGACACCAUUGAUGAGCUUUCCCUUGUUUCGAAGCACGAAAAUAGUGUUUCCCGACAUAAAUGUGAUGUUGUUCAUGAUGUUCCGGCGGUUUUAUUCUCAACCGGAGGGUAUACUGGCAAUGUUUACCAUGAAUUUAAUGACGGGAUUAUCCCAUUGUACAUAACUUCCCAGCAUUUCAACAAGAAAGUUGUGUUUGUCAUCCUUGAGUAUCAUAGUUGGUGGUUUACCAAGUAUGAAGACAUUCUUUCCCAUUUGACCGACUAUCCACCGAUCGAUUUUAGUGGCGAUAAUCGAACGCAUUGCUUCCCGGAAGCUAUUGUAGGUUUGAAUAUUCAUGAUGAGCUUACUAUCGAUCAGUCCCUCAUGAGAGGGUCUAAGUCGAUUAAGGACUUCCGGGAUAUCUUAGAUCGAGCUUAUUGGCGUCGGAUUAGAGGAUUGAUUGAAGACGAGGAAAGGGAGAAGCAACUCAUGUUAUCUCCAUCCUCGAAUACCUUACAUGAGCUUGAUGAUGAUCAACUUUACAAACCGAAAUUGGUUAUACUGUCGAGAAAUGGUUCGAGGGAAAUACUCAAUGAAGAUGCAUUGGUGAAACUAGGUCGGAAAAUUGGGUUUAACGUGGAGUUGGUAAGGCCCGAGCGAACCUCUGAGUUAGCGAAGAUCUAUAGGGCUCUUAACUCGAGUGAUGUGAUGGUUGGUGUUCAUGGUGCGGCCAUGACACACUUUUUGUUCGUUAAGCCUGGUCGUGUUUUUAUCCAAGUUGUUCCUUUAGGUACUGAUUGGGCCGCUCAGACUUACUAUGGAGAUCCCGCAACAAAGCUUGGGUUGAAGUACAUUGGGUACAAAAUUCAACCUAGAGAGAGCUCGUUGUAUGAUCAUUAUGAUGAAAACGAUCCUGUAUUAACCGACCCUGAUAGCGUCAAUGCAAAAGGAUGGGAGUACACCAAGAGGAUAUAUUUGGAUAAGCAGAAUGUGAAGUUGGAUCUUAGACGAUUCAAGAAACGGCUUGUUCAUGCUUAUGAUUACUUGGCUUCAACGCGAAAUCUAUGAUCUCAAGUUCAUAUCGACUCCUCACGAUUGUGCUCGUUGCAUUUCAUUGGUUCUGUUUUGUCCUAUAGCUCUGGUGGGGUAAUCGACCCCAUACUUGGUCGUUCUAUGUCGUCCAGUGUAACGAUGCCAUAUUGCUAACAUCCCAACGGUUGGUUACCCUUCGACCGGAGCCAAUUGUAAUUCUUUUUCUAAAUUAACCAUGUAUAUCUUCGUAACUAAAUUAUUGUAGGAAGAAUUUUUGUGUAGAUUGUAGCACUGUCAUGUAAAUGUAAAUGAACAAGGAAAGAAGAGAAUUAAGAAUGGUUUUUCUAAUGAAUGAAUCACUUAUUGAGAUGUACAAAUUUGACCCCAUUAAUUGUACACAAAUUCUUGUAUGAGACGGUUUCACCGUGAGACAUGUCUCAUGAGUUGAAAUUGUUUUAAUGUUAAAAAGAAUAUAAGCUUUCCAGAUGCAAGUGGGUUGUAUA